AGAAGAGCAUGCUUAUAUAUGAACCUUGUAAUACAGCUCUUUCAGUUACAGAUAUUACUAGCUCCAAAUAUUUAACGGCUCUUUCACGAUGACCACAUUUUAUCAUGAGGAGCAGCCAAAUGGUUCCAAAAGGUGCAAAUACAUUACUUCAACCCUCAAGGAUGCAUUCACCGGUUGCCAUACCUUCCGCGCAAGGCUUUCUUCGUCUCCAGGCCCUCAACAAGAUGAAGAUGAUGACGAACAAGAAAUGUUUGUCUCUGCAGUUUUAAGUAGAUACAUGGAGUCUAAAGCGCGGCGUAAAGGGAGCCUUGCAUUGGAGAGCUGUAGCUGGGCGUUUGAUCCCUCAACAGGAGAAUUUUCCAUAGCCCCAAAGACAAUCAAACAAAAGGAGGAGGACAGUGUUCAAGUCACCGCAGAAACUGAAGACUUCUAUUCAGUCUGCAGCUGUUUCUCUUACUGUUCAAAUACUGCUACUAACAUGGAAGCAUUUGUAUCUGUAAGGUCUAAUCUUUCUGAGUGCUCGAGUUUAAGCCAUGAGGGGUACCUUGAAUGGCCACGAAGGUCGAUUAUUCUGGAGUUCUGCCAUUGUGAAGGGUGGCCAUUUGGGUUGUGUAGGAGGGCAUUACUGCUUCCUCCAUUGCCUAAAUCUCCCUCGGAGUCUUGGUUAUGGUGCAAAAGCAACUCUGCUAGAAUGGUCUAGUUUACUAGAUGGAGUUUUCAUCAGUAAGCACAAAUGACCAGCCCCUAUUUUUCAAGCUUGAAACAAUAAUAUUAUUACCAUGUGUUCAUUUUAAGAACGUCCCAGUCGGAUGUGAACCUUGCAUGUGAGUGUCAAAUAUAGUAUCGGCUUGUGACUUUAAAGGACGUGCCUAGAGCUCCCGAGUUUUAUAAGUUGACAAAAACAAAUGAAAAACAAGUGAAUUACUUU